CACACUCAGCACAGCAUAUCCGAGAUAUGUUUGGAUCUUCUUCGUAGACUCUCUGGUCAAUUAUGAGUAUUCUCACUCACACCACAUGGUGUCGUAAUCUCUGAGAACCUCUCUUAACGACAUUUUCUUCGGCUUCACUGAUUGCAGAUGCUGCUUCUUCUUCUUCUUCUUCUUCUUCUUCUUCUUCUUCUUCUUCACCUCUAACACAGUUGUCAAAAGUGAAAGCUUUUCAUAAAGCUUGGAGCUUGAAAGUUUUCAGUGAAACUAAGUCUAUGCCGAUACAGACAAUUCAAAGACGAGGAAACUUCGAUUUGAGAAAGACCCAUUUAUUCAUUUUGGAUGUUAAGCACUCGUAGUUGAAAAAGUUGGAAAAUUAUUGCGGUUAGCUUCAUAUAUACGAGUCUGCGACAUAGUGCUAACAAUUCUCAACAUUGUGAAAAGUUCUACUAUGAAAUCCGGGCUUGGUAUUUUCGUUAAUGUCCGUCGUGUUGUGCCGAAUUUUCCAAGUUUGUUUUCUAUUUCACAGAGAUGGAUGUUUGAAACACGUGUAUUCUGCUCGACCACGACCUGUUCGACGAAUUGUCAAGCUGAAGUAGAGAGUGUUAAAGAUGAAGGUGAAGACCAGUCAAAGGGGUCUGGAGAGGUUUUGAGGAGUUGGGGUUGUAAUGAAGAAGAUGUAUCGAAGAUAUUUAUACGAAGGCCUUCUUUAAAGAAUGCUGACCUUGUCCAACUUCAGUCCAAGCUCAGUCUAUUGAGUGGCUUGGGUAUCACUGCUUCUGAACUUGUGAAGAUCAUAAACUGUCGCCCUCGAUUUCUUAGUUGUCGUAUCAAUCGUUGCUUUGACGAACGACUUCAGUAUCUCAUGUCAUUGUUUGAGUCGAAUGAAGUUCUUAUCAAAGCCAUUGUUAGGAACCCUUCUUUGCUGACUUACGAUUUCCAGAACAAAAUCAAACCCACCGUAGCAUUGUACGAAGACAUGGGAUUGAGCAAAAAGGACUUGACUGCAAUGCUUCUACUCCGACCAACCUUAAUCCCGCGAACUUCAUUUAAUGACGAGAAGAUGGAAUACAUACACAAAACUGGGAUUUCCCACAAGUCCAAGAUGUACAAGUACAUUGUCACCCUCAUCGGUGUCUCUCGCCUUGAAACAAUUCGUAGUAAGAUUGCAAACCUUGAAAAAUUCGGGUUUAGCGAGGAAGAGGUUUUUAGGCUUUUGGGGCGGUCUCCUCUUUUGUUGACACUAUCAGUGGACAAAGUUCAGAGAAACAUGACAUUCAUUCUAGGCACAAUGAAGAUUCCAGCUGGAGUUGUCCUUGAUCAUCCAAACUUGUUGUAUUGUAACCUAGAAGCUGUAUUGAAACCGCGGUUUCUUCUUGCAGAGAAGAUGAAGGACAUGGCUUUGGAAUUGCAUAUCAAAGGAUCCGACAUGUUGAGGGCAUUAAGAAUGACAGAAAAGAGAUUUCUCAAGGCAUUUGUGAAUUGUCAGCCCAAGGAUGUUGCUGACGAGUUAAUUGAGUUUUACUUAAAUGCUAAAGAGAUUAAGCGUUUGGCAGUGACCUCAAAGAAGAACUGCAACCUGGGAUUUCCUUUCUGAAUGUGCUGUUUUCUUUUAGCUCAGGUAUUCUUUCUGUUUUGUUGAAUAUGUUGAAAAACAGUGAUGCUCAGUUUUCUGAAAAUUGAGUACAUUGUGCACAAAGAACAAGUUUUUAUAGCAGAGUUAAAAUUGAUCAAAAUAUUGAUUUUUUGCUUGAACCAAAUAAACUGACCAUGAUACAAAAUGGGAAAUUCUUAACAACUGGUUGUGAUAUUCGAAGCAUGCUUCAAAUGUUAGAGAAAUGUUUAGAGGUCUGGUCUUUUGAUAUAUAGCCUUUAAAAACUAUUAAUGAAAUUGUGUAUAAAUAACCACUAAACUUGACUAGUUGGAUUUAAGUGUAAGUAACAAAUUUGCAGCCUAAAUUUAUCAUGCCUACGGAUUUGAUUGUUGUAACUUUUUAUUUUUUCUAAAUCUAUUCAA